GAAGGUGUAUGAUGACUGUAGCUACAGGGCUAUGGCCAGCGAACCCCUUGAAGGCUUCCAUGAGGUCAACUUGGCGUCGCCCACCACCCCUGACCUCCACGGAUUGACCUCCGACACCAGACCCCAAUGUCCCAGCGCCCCUUCCAGUACCCUGUACCGUACCCCCUCCCUCAGCUCCAGCUCCUGCCCCCCCAACGCCCUGCGAGCCGACCAGCUGCCCACCCAGCCCAUCUACUCUGCCCCUAGGCUACUGGGCAGCACAGAGCCCCACAAUGGAAGGUGAUGAAGAAACCCUCCUGGAGAAACACUUACAUUACCUGGCCCAUGACAACCAUAAUAUAAAGAGAUAUUACCUGGCCCAUGACAACCACAAUAUAAAGAGAUAUUACCUGGCCCAUGACAACCACAAUGUAAAGAGAUAUUACCUGGCCCAUGACAACCACAAUGUGAAGAGAUGUUACCUGGCCCAUGACAACCACAAUGUUUGAAGAGAUGUUACCUGGCCCAUGACUACCACAAUGUUUGAAGAGAUGUUACCUGGCCCAUGACAACCACAAUGUAAAGAGAAACUAGAGAAAAACCUUGAAGACCGAUCACAAAUCCUAGCGGGUGAAACUGUUUGAAAUGAAUUCCAGAUUUUUGCUAGGAUCUCUUUACACAGUGCAGUUGGUAUUAACCAAGCAAUGUAAUCAUAAAAGUGAAGGGUUCCACUAGGUGGUGAUCAUUGACACUUUAAAACGUACUAUUGAUAGCUAGCCCACUGGGAUGCUAAUUCAUACAUAAAAACAUGCUAACUCAGCUAAAAAUGACCAGCCAGGUAAUGAUAGCUGGAUCAUUGUCAACACUAAGUUAACAGUCAAUAGUACUGCUCAAUGAUGACUGAUUGAUCCCUGUAGUAAUCAGUCAACCCUCCUAUACGCUUACAUUAGUUUACCCGUGAUUCCUUGCAGUGUUCCGGGGUUGGAACCCCCCGCCCGGUCAGAGGCGGAGUCAGCAGAGGGGGUGUUCCUGUCUGGAGAGGAAGGGGAGGAGUCUCUGGGUCUGACCAAUGACAGCCUGUCCCACCUCCGCAGCCCCUCAGUCAUGGAGAUCAGAGAGAAAGGCAAUGAGAGAAUGAAGGAAGAGCUAGCCAAGGCACAG